CGGUUCUCCGAGAGAGAGAUUUUUCAAAAAUCAACAUUGCAACAGAAGCAAGAACCCUAAUCGAUUAGAAGCUCUGAUUCGUUCCACUUUUUUCCACUGAUCAAUCUCUAAAAAAUGGCGAGUGAGAGUUCGCAAUCUUCCUCUCCGUCGUCAUCUCAACCUCCGUCAUCCCUACCUUCUCCGUCGCCGGGAAACAACGUCGGAGAUACGUUUAUAGGAAGUUUCAUCAGUCUAAUUUCUAAGUACGAGAUCCGUUACGAAGGCAUUCUCUAUCAUCUCAACGUUCAGGACUCGACGCUAGUAAGAUCAUGUGGAACGGAGGGGAGGAAGAAAGAUGGGCCGCAAAUUCCGCCGUGUGAUAGAGUUUACGAUUACAUUCUUUUUCGCGGAAGUGACAUUAAGGAUCUGCAAGUUAACCCAACUCCAUCUGCACAGUCAAAACAGGAGAUUCAAAGUGAACAAGAUAUCAAUCAGUCCUCUCACUCUAGGCCAGCUAUGACUAUGAGCUCUCCAAUUUCUGGCUAUGAUAGCGGUUAUGGUUUGGGGAGAGGAUCACAAUGGAUCAAUACACCUGCUUUGAGUAGUAAACCGGUUCCUGUCACACAACAUUCAUCAGUCCCUUUAAGUUUCCAGCCUAAUGCUGGAAGUUUGACAGAAUCACCAGUGAGCUUAAUUGGUUCAACUCAAAGUAAUGUGGGUUCCUCUAUGCCCAUGCCUUCUUUUGUGCAAGGUAACAAAUUAGCUUCCACUGGUGUCCCUCUUGGUAUGAUGCAGCAGCCAGUUUCAUCCUCCUCGACCGUACCCAAUGAUUCGCAGAUUAUAGAUUAUUUUGCUUCACCAAUCAUGGGAGUAGUGAAUGAUUCAACACAGGUUGUUACUCGUUCACCUGAUGUUGCUUCUAAUCGAUCAUACUCUUCCAACCCUUCUCCCCUUGGUCAAGCACAACUCCAUACUCCACCUGGCCUUGCUUCAGCACCCAACCUUUCUCCACCUUCUGAAGCGCAGCUUUCUGCUCCAAAUAUUCAGAACAGUUACCCCAGUGCGCCCCAGGCUGUUGGUAAAGUUGUCUAUGACUCUCAGUCUGAUCAUCCAAACCGAUCUAUACCUUAUGAGUUACCUGCUGUGGCGUCCAAUUCAUCUCCUGUGAUUCCUGGUCCAUUGUCGAAGUCGCCUGAGUCAUUCUUCGGUAUGAAUCCGUUACCGCAAUCUAGGCAGCAGAUGGUAUAUAGGGGUCAAGAGAUGUUUGCACCUAACCCGGUAUCAGUGAAUGUGCCAUCACAAAGUUUUGCUACCAGAAAUCAUGCACCGUUGCUGCCUCUUCCAGUUUCAGCUCAUCAGUCUCGGAUCCCUAGUUCUAGCAUUGAGUACACUGAAGAAUUUGAUUUUGAGGCAAUGAAUGAGAAGUUCAAUAAGAGUGAACUAUGGGGUUAUCUCGGGAAAAGUAACCAGAGAAAUCAAAAUGAUUACCGGGAAGAAACUGCAAUUGAGCCAAACGCUGAAGGGAACGUACAGCCUGCAUAUAACAAGGAUGACUUUUUCGACACAAUCUCAUGCAAUCCACUUGACCGUGUGGGAAGAAGCGGACAACAGCACACCCAGUUUCCCGAGCACAUGAGACAAGUUCCUGAGGCAUUUGCUAAUAAUUUUCAAAGGCCACCUCCACUACAACCAGGUCAGGGUGCAUAUCUCGCUGCACAAACCAAUUACAGAGCUAUCAUUUGUGCUAUAAUCUCUAUUGUUGUAAUCAUUGGUGGCAUUUUAGUCUUAGUUGGUUACAUGGUCAUUCAUCCUCGAGUUCCCAUCAUAAGUGUCGCGGAUGCUCACCUCGACUUCUUAAAGUAUGACAUAGUUGGAGUUUUGCAAACGCAGUUAACAAUUGUGAUUCGCGUAGAGAAUCAUAACGCUAAGGCUCAUGCGUUGUUUGAUGAAACCGAGUUCAAGCUAAGCUAUGAUGGCAAACUUAUUGCGAUUUUAAGAGCGCCUGAGUUUGAAGUUGUUAAAGAAAAAUCAAUGUACCUUCCUUACUUGGUUCAGUCAUAUCCAAUACCAUUGAAUCCAACUUUGAUGCAAGCUGUAGACUAUGCGGUUAAACAAGAUGUUAUUACGUUCGAGCUCAAGGGUGGCUCAAAAACUCGGUGGCGAGUCGGACCAUUAGGAUCGGUCAAGUUCGAAUGUAACCUUAGCUGUGAGCUUAGGUUUAGACCUUCUGAUCAUAGUUACAUUCCAUCUCCGUGCACUUCUUCUCAUAAGCAUUAGAAACUCUAUCUCUCAUUUGUUUUACUUUCCCUUUAACUUAAUUAGUUUUUUUAUCUUACUUUUUGGGAUUGAUAUAUAUUUUUUUCUUUCUAAAAUAAUUGCUGUAGGUAAUA